CUGCACAUCUUUCAGUGUCUAGAGUCAAGGAUGAGCAUACAAUCGCUCUCGAGGAAUAGAGUCCCCUACGAUCUGCAGCCUGCCAUUCCGCCCGCUCCGUCACUAGUUGCGAAGGGUUCAUCGCGGCCGGCAGAUCCUCUCUCAUCGUCGUUCCUGCGUCUGCCUGGCGAGCUGAGAAACGCAAUCUACACAUUCGCGUUGGCUUUCCCACAUCCACUCAUUAUCGCUGAUGGGAGAUUGUAUCGUCAUGUGGAAGAUGCAAAUGAUGAUUUAAUCGCAGUUCAAGGCUAUCAUGAUCGUGGACAUACACAACACAAGAAAUUCUUGAAUGAGAACUUCAGUAAUUGGGGGCUUACGAGCUACGAGCUCGCGCGCGUGGCGCAUCCUGGUCUUGGUCUUUUCCUCACAUGUCGACAAGUUUUUCAUGAGUCGUGCUCUGUCUUCUUUGGUAACAAUGUCUUCACGUUUAGCACGUUUCGUGAUGAAGACGAAAUAGAUCAUGACGCCAGGGCCACGUUUCUCGACAAAGGAGCAGCUUGGUUGACCAACCUUGGCUCUCAGCUCGCACAGGUGAAGAAAGUCGUGGUCGAUAUGGGUUCACUUUGUCCUGAACGCUGCCAUAGCGCGGAUGACGCCAUUAUGGAUUGCGUCUACUCUGAUCCACGGAUAGGAUCUGCCUGUAUCGAAAUCUUCCCUCUCCUGCGAGUGAUUUGGAGUCGGAACUGGCAUGGGAAUAUUACUUUUGCCUCAUGCAACAGGCCUACGUGCCCGGACGGCAGUGUCAAUCACAGAGUGUAUGAACCGACAUAUGAUGAAUCAGGUUUCGGCGCUCUGACACAAACGGUGCGCUUCCUUAGAAGGGAUGAUCUCGAUAUCAAAAAGGCCAUGCCCCUGAUUUGUCACAUCGCCGUAGCCAGAGACGGACAGCGCGGCGUUGUGAUUUUCAGAUCGACUCAUCGACCUUUCUGCCUCCCUCAAAGUUACUUCAGGCCCCGCAUCAAGGGCGCUGACCUUUGGCACUACCAUCCUUGCCUCGGAUCUCCUCUGAUAUUCGCCGCAAAUGAUGAUAAGCUCAUCACCACACAGACAACGCCUCACUUGCUCGGUUUCCCAAAAUACCUGGAAAAGCGCAUAGUUCACCUCGUCCUGCAAUCGCGCGAAGAGGUGAUGGUCAACUUGGACACCGAGAAAGAAGUAGUUCCAGGACUGCUAUACAUAAGCCGCUUCGUCUACGCCUGGAGCAACAGAUUCUACUACACUGCUAAUGAAUUCAUCCUCAUCCACAGCGUGUCGAUGGAUGAUCCGAAAACGCUUGCCAACAGGCUCGAGCGAUGGAUAUCGAGCAACAGGUACUCCGCGACGACGCCCAUAGAAAUGGCGGAAAUGAAAGGCCGGAACGUGCGGGAAAUUCGCUUCGUCUACACAUCCCCCGACGAUACAUCCUGCGCGUUGACUCAACUUCGAAUCGACGUCACGCCUCUGAUGCGCCAUGCGACGUAUCUGGGGAGUGGAACCAGUACGGGGCACGCUGAGAUCCAUGUCGCCUCCUGGAAGACAGGAUCAGAUGGUAGUAAGGUGCUGGUAAACCAGGCGUCUUUUGAAUUCGGUGCGCUGUUGCGUGCUGUUGGGCGCUUCUUGUCUGUCGAUAUUGAUGGGUGGAUUGAUCCUAGGAUUACGGGCACCUCGGACGUUAUCAUCGAUGGCUUGGGGGCUGUGUUGUCCGCUAGAGCAUUUCGUAGCGAUUGGCCUCAUUCACUACGGAAUUAACUUGGAAUGACAUGUUGAACUGGAGGAGAAACCAACUAUCUUCGCAAGUAGUCGUUUCUGCACUUUCUGGGCUGAGACUAGAAUAAGUACGAUACCUUGACGAUUACAGUUUAUUCCUGCAAGGUUCAAGGGAGGGUAAUGCACUUGAACCCGCAUCUAUCGUCAUUGUUGUGUCAGUUGUUGAUUCGCACUUACUAUAGAAGCUGAUUAACGCAAUGCAAAGAAGC